ACAGCGUAGAGCAACAAGUUACCAAAUUCCUGUACUCUGACUGGUGCCAAUUGACAACACAGAAUCUUGCAAUGGACAAUCAGAAGAAGCUCGAGUUUAUUAAAUCUAUUCUACCUCAGAAAAUAUUGCAGCUACUGAACCGGAGUGACGACGAGAUUUUAGAUUCGAAGGUUAAUACUUCAAAACAUUUGGAUGGAUUCAUGUCCACUAUACACAAAUUAGAGAUGAACGUUAAACGAAGUAUAGAUAGGUUUUGAAUCUAUCUCAUUUUAGUAAAGAGGAACUUUUCAACUUGAUGGUAAAAGUGAUGAAAGGUGAUGAUAGCUUCAGAGAGCAUAGCAAAGCCAGAAUUCAAUUUUCAAAUGAAAUUCUCAUCUAUACUGAGGUGUUACCUCAGUUCAUACAUUUACUGCAAUCGAGUGACAGUCCAAUAAAGGGUGACUCCUGGUGCCCAAAGGUGUUGUACGGUGUAGCUGGAAAAUUUCCUGACUACAGCAAUCAAUAUGAAACUAUGCUGGUAAUGGAGGAUCUGACAUUUGAUGGAUUUCAAGCUGGUCCUCGAAAUGAUCUAGAUGAAAACCAUCUCAUAUUGAUGGCCCGGAAAAUUGCUCAAUUUCAUGCUUGCACAUAUGCUAUGAAAAUUAACAAAGAUAAAAAUCUGGACCGUCUCGUGGAAAGACUUACACCAUUCAAUUUCGCUGCAGAUGGGGAAGAACUCCACACUAACGCUGUACUGGUUAAGAUAGGGAUCGAACGUAUUAUGAAGUUUUUAAAUGACCAUCCGGAGGAAUUGGAUUGCGAAUCUUUUAAAACCGAUAUGAAUAAACUGUCGAAUAAGUAUGCUGAAGCACCAAUUAAUUUGAUGCAAAAGUUUUUGACGCGUGAUGAAUAUUCUGUUAUCCUCCAUGGAGAUUACAACAGAAACAAUGUCUUAUUCAAAUAUGAAAAUGACAUUCCCGUUGAUCUCCGAAUGUUUGAUUUUCAACAAAAUCGUUAUGCUAGUCCGGCCAUCGAUGUUAGCUUCUUUAUGUGUAUGAACAUGCCGUCGGGUUUGAGAGAACGUCUAUGGGAUCCACUUCUACGACAGUACCAUUCAAGUUUGAUUGAUACGUUAAUUAGCAUUUUGAAGUGCAAGCCAGAUGAUGAAAAAUUGGAACCGUACACAUUUAGCAACAUUAUGGACCAUUUUCGAAGAUUUGCCCUGUAUGGAGGAAUGAUUGCGUCUCAUUUUUUACCUUGGAUGCUUUGUUCGGAGGAAGAAUGUGCCCAACUAGCGUAUCAUUUCGCUAAGGAUGUGGAUUCUCCUGAAUUAAAACACUGGACGAUGAUUUGUGGAGGCGAGUCUGUUGACAGACGAUUGGUGGAAAUUUUUCGACAUCUUAGUCAGAUGGGAUGUUUUUCAAUAGUGGAUGAUGAUUAAUACGAGGAUACGAAAUGUUGUAGCAUUGUAUUAACCGGAAUUGUUCUAGCAGGAAUUGACAUUUAAUAAGU